CUGAGGAUUUCGGGGCGUGUCAGUUUGUAAAUAAUAAAGCUGAAGCUUCAAGCAAAAGUCUUCCAGUGUAGGUAAGACUCCUGAUCAUUUGAGGACCAGAAGAAAAGUGUCUGUCAACACAAUGGCAUCACCAACUCCUCUAUCCAAGGCCAACACCUCCUUCUCUCUGGCUUUGCUCAACAAGCUGGGUGACGACGACAAGACCGCAAAUGUCUUCUUCUCCCCUUUCAGCAUCUCUUCAGCCCUGGCUAUGGUGUUGCUGGGGGCCAGGGGCAACACAGCCAAACAGAUGUCAGAGUAUCUGAAAACCAAAGAUUUACAGGAUGAUGUCCACGUUAGCUUUGCCCAACUGCUGAGCGAGCUCAACAAGGCAGACACUCCGUAUGCCCUCAGUGUUGCUAACAGGCUGUACGGAGAGCAGUCCUACCAGUUUAUUGAGGAUUUCUUAGGAAAAACCAAGAAGCACUACAAAGCAGAGCUGGAGCCUUUGGACUUCAAAACCAGCUCAGAGUCAGCCAGGGUGCACAUCAAUAGCUGGGUGGAGAAGCAGACACAAGGUAAAAUUAAGGACGUGCUGGUCCAGGGUGUGGUGGACAGCAUGACCAGGCUGGUGCUGGUCAAUGCAAUCUACUUCAAAGGAAGCUGGAACAAGCAGUUUGAGAAGAGUUCCACACGUGAUGCUCAAUUUAGACUCAACAAGGAUGACACUAAGCCAGUGAAGAUGAUGUAUCAGGAAACUGAGUUCCCUCUCACCUACAUCUCCGAAGCCAACUGCAAGAUCCUAGAGAUGCCGUACAAAGGAAAGGAGCUCAGCAUGCUCAUCUUCCUACCAAAUGAAUUAGAGGACAGUACAACAGGUCUGGAGAAGCUGGAGAAGACGCUGACCUAUGAGAACUUUGUGGAGUGGACGCGCCCAGACAUGAUGAAUAACAUUGAGGUCCAGGUGGGGUUGCCUCGAUUCAAGAUGGAGGAGAAGUAUGACAUGAAGAAUGUCCUGAUCAGCAUGGGCAUGGUGGAUGCCUUCGACGUGGCUUUGAGUGACUUCUCUGGCAUGUCUCCCGCCAAUGACCUAGUACUGUCAGAAGUCGUCCACAAGGCUUUCGUGGAGGUGAACGAGGAGGGAACUGAGGCUGCUGCUGCCACUGCUGCUGUUAUGAUGGUCGACAUGCUUCCACCCACUUUCAUCGCAGACCACCCCUUCCUCUUCUUCAUCCGACAUAACCCCUCCAUGAGCAUUCUCUUUGCUGGCCGAUACUGCUCCCCCGAGUGAACACUACAUCGUUCAGAGCAGUGUUGUUGUCAGCUCUAAACCUGCACUACUAAGAUAAAAAAUUUCUACAAAAGGUUGGUUUUAUAUUUAUUUUUUUAGUGUCACAAUUCGGCAGGUGGAGCAGAGUUGCCAGAAACAGAAGAUGUCGGUUGGCAUUCAUUCAUCAGCAAUUACCAUCGGAACUGUGGGGUCAGAUUAGUUGGAAGAAUUGUAGCUACUUGUGUACACAAUUUUAAUAGAUAAAGAUAAACAGGAAACUUACCAACUGUAUCACUGGAACUAGUUAUAGGCGACAAAUAUGUGUCAACUGAGGUGGCGAUGGGGCAGUGGAUAAGACAUACCUUUGGUGUGGGAGACCCGGUUUCAAUUUCCACUGUGACACAUCCACAAAUGUCUCAGGGACACAUUUGUGGAUGUGUCAAGACACUUAAACCGUAGUUGCUCCAGAGGCAUGAGAUAAGUGUAAUGUAACUUGAAUGUGGUAGGAUAGCGGGCCUGCAAUGAAAUAAAACAUUAACAUUU